UUUAGUUAUUAUCUUAGUCUUUUCGUGCCAUAUAUUGCAACGUGGUGUGAAGGUUUCUUUGUGUUUGCCUCACAACCUGUGUUUCUCAUGCUGAGGAUUGGCAAGUGACUAAAAGAACGGGGUGAAAAGUUCUUUUCCCUUUUGAAGGGGAAAAUUUCUGUGAAAAUUCAUGCAGAUUGUGCUAAGAUUACAUAUGAGUGGAUUACUGGUGGAAAAUGUGUAAUUCGACGUGAGACUCAUCAAUAUAUUUUUUUCUGCCACAUUCGCAAAAGUGAACUCAUACUUUUGUCUGGCUUUACUAAAAUAUUGAGAUUCCAAAUCAACGCGAUUGACGUUGGAGUUGUGUCCAAUUGCGCGAGAAAAGGGUGUCUUUUCGUCACAUGAACCCAUGCUCUUUGGCAGGUGGGAGAGAGUGACCCUUGAUAGAAAAGGGUGCCCUCACUGCCAUGUUGCGUGCGUGGGAGUUAGAAGAAAUUUUCUGAUUUCAUUGAAAUCCAAUAAGGACGGAAAAUACCGUCAUUUUGCCAUUUGCCGUAGUUAAAAGGCAGCAAAGGAGCAAGAAUCCUGAGAUAAAUUUAUGUAUGUGUGUGUCUCAAUGAAUCACAUUUGAAAAUGCUAAGUGUGUGCAAUUAGUGUGGAAUUCAGCAAUUUACCGUGUAUUCCAUCUACGAAGUUUGUGGUGCUGAAGAAUAUUUGGAACAUCUUUCCGAACGCACAAGUAGCACAAGAGAAGGAAAAGUUGAGCACGAAAAUGCUGAAGCAGAAGCGUAAUCCAAAUCCAAAACCGAUUCGAUGGGGCCUGAAAAAAAUCUGUUGGGGACUUAUUAAUAUAACCGUGCCUCGGCAUACACCACGGAGCUGGAUUGAAGCGAAUUUUCAGAAGCGCGAAUGCAUUAAGUUCAUCCCAAAUCCGAAGGAUGAGGAGCGAUGCUGCUGCGGCCAGGCACGUCUCACGCAUCCCGUUCUACAGGGUGUGGAUGCGGGAUCGCCAACUGAUGGUUGGGCACCGUUCAAGCACACCCGACCUCAUCCUACAGAUGCGUAUGGCACGAUAGAAUUCCAAGGAGGAGCUCAUCCUACUAAAGCACAAUAUGUGAGAUUGUCAUACGACACGAGACCAGAAUUGCUCGUUCAACUGUUCACGCGAGAAUGGAAUUUGGAGUUGCCCAAACUCCUCAUCACCGUUCAAGGUGGAAAGGCGAACUUUGAAUUGCAGCCAAAAUUGAAAAAGGAAAUCAGAAAGGGAUUGCUCAAAGCUGCCAGAACCACCGGAGCCUGGAUUUUUACGGGCGGCACAAAUACCGGUGUCACGAAACAGGUGGGUGAUGCUCUGCUCCUGGAGGGUCAACAACGAACAGGACGGGUUGUGAGCAUAGGAAUUGCACCCUGGGGUAUUGUUGAGCGUAAUCAUGAAUUGUUGGGCCACAAUCGAGAUGUACCAUGUCACAGUAUUAGUUCGCCCAGAUCGAAAUUGGCUGUUCUCAACAAUCGACACGCAUACUUCUUGCUCGUUGAUAAUGGUACACAAGGAAAAUAUGGUGCAGAAAUCAUCUUGAGGCGAAAACUCGAGAAGUACAUUUCCAACCUUAAGCUCCAUCCAUUCACUCAUUCCAGUACUCCUGUGGUGUGCCUUGUGAUUGAGGGUGGCACGAACACCAUCAGGGCUGUGUUGGAAUAUGUUACGGACACACCACCUGUGCCAGUUGUCGUCUGUGAUGGCUCAGGAAGGGCCGCAGAUCUAAUUGCCUUCGUGCACAAGUAUGCAGCUGACGGUGAGGAGCAAACUGUGCUGGAGUCAAUGAGGGAUUAUCUGCUCAAUACAAUACAGAAGACUUUUGAAGUGACAAUCGAUCAAGCUGAAUGCUUGUACCAGGAACUGCUACAAUGUACCCGCAAUAAGAAUUUAAUUACCGUAUUUCGCAUACAGGAUCGUCCUGAAAGUGAUAUUCAAGAGUUGGAUCAGACAAUUCUGACGGCCCUCUUCAAGUCACAACACCUCAGUCCACCGGAACAGUUGAGUUUGGCUUUGACCUGGAAUCGUGCCGAUAUUGCACGGACGGAAAUAUUUGUGUAUGGACAGGAAUGGCCUCCAGGUGCCCUCGAUGAGGCGAUGAUGCAAGCACUAGAACACGAUAGAAUCGAUUUUGUAAAGCUUCUACUGGAGAAUGGGGUGUCCAUGAGGAAAUUUCUCACUAUUCCGCGUCUCGAGGAGCUCUACAAUACCAAACAUGGACCAGCAAAUACACUUGGAUACAUCCUGAGGGACGUGCGGCCACACAUACCAAAGGGAUAUAUGUACACGCUACACGAUAUUGGAUUAGUGAUAAAUAAAUUAAUGGGUGGCGCUUACAGAUCCUACUACACGCGUCGUAAGUUUCGACCAAUUUAUGCCAAAGUCAUGAACAGCUACGUGAACACGCAUAGAAAGUCAUCAACAUUCCAGCGGCAUCCUGGUGCAAAUUCCAUGAGUCUGGUGACUGGUCUCCUGCCAUUUACAUCGGAGAUGGCUCUCUUUGAAUUUCCCUUCAACGAACUUUUGAUUUGGGCUGUCCUCACGAAGAGGCAACAGAUGGCAUUGCUUAUGUGGACCCAUGGGGAGGAGGCUCUGGCCAAAUCUCUUGUUGCGUGCAAAUUGUACAAAGCAAUGGCUCAUGAGGCGGCUGAAGAUGAUCUCGACACAGAGAUUUAUGAGGAAUUGAGAAGCUAUGCCAAAGAAUUUGAGACGAGAGGCUUGAAACUUCUGGACUUUUGCCAUAGGCAGGAUGGGGAGAGGACUCAGAGGUUGCUCACAUGUGAGUUGAAUUCAUGGUCAAGCCAAAGUUGCCUUUCUCUGGCCGUGGCUGCCAAUCACAGACCACUCUUGGCGCAUCCCUGCAGCCAAGUUAUUCUGGCAGAUUUAUGGAUGGGUGGUCUGAGGACCAGGAAAAACACCAAUCUCAAAGUCAUUCUAGGGCUUCUUUGUCCGCCAUUCAUCAAGAAGCUGGACUUCAAAUCCAAGGAAGAACUCCAGUCAAUGCCCCAGACUGAGGAAGAACAUCUGGAGAAUCAGAAUCUAGACUACGAGGAUCACGAGAAAGCACAUCAAAAUGACGCUGAGGCUCUUUUGUCUGAUACGUAUUCAAUGCGAGAUACCAAAGUUCAUGAAAAUGGCAAAGUUUCACUCACAGACUCCGAUGCAGGAAUUCACCAAAAGGACUACAUGCAACUUUCUUAUGAUUAUGACAUUAAGCAGCACCGUCCUCUCAAGUGGAAGAAAAAAAUUUACGAAUUCUACACAGCGCCAAUAACAAAAUUCUGGGCAGAUUCAUUGGCGUACGUGUUCUUCUUGGUGCUCUUCACGUACACUGUACUUGUGAAAAUGGAGAGAACACCUAAUUGGCAGGAGGUUUACUCAAUUGCUUACAUAACGACGCUUGGCUGUGAAAAGAUACGUGAAAUUAUAUCAUCUGAACCUGUAGCAAUAACGCACAAAUUUUCCGUCUGGGCAUGGAAUAUGUGGAAUCCAUGUGAUGCUGCUGCCAUAAUUUUCUUCAUGAUAGGACUCGUGCUCCGUUUCAGACCAAAUACCAUGGACAUUGGACGGGUGAUUUACUGUGUCGACAGCAUUUAUUGGUACCUUCGAAUUCUCAAUAUUCUUGGCGUCAACAAAUAUCUCGGACCUUUGGUUACGAUGAUGGGCAAAAUGGUGAAAAACAUGAUUUAUUUUGUGGUGCUUUUGCUGGUGGUUCUCAUGAGUUUUGGUGUGAGUCGCCAGGCUAUUCUGUUUCCCAACAAUGAGGCGGAUUGGCGCCUUGUGCGCGAUGUAUAUUUCCAGCCCUACUUCAUGCUGUACGGUGAGGUAUUUGCAGAUGACAUUGAUCCACCAUGUGGAGAGGAUCCGUCACAGGAUCCUUGUGUUACUGGUCACUGGGUAACUCCUAUUACCAUGUCCAUGUACCUGUUGAUUGCCAAUAUUUUGCUCAUUAAUCUCCUCAUCGCGGUUUUCAACAACAUCUUUAUUGAAGUCAAUGCAGUUUCACACCAGGUGUGGAUGUUCCAGAGAUUCACGGUUGUCAUGGAGUAUCAACUAAAGCCAGUCCUUCCGCCACCUCUAAUUGCCUUCUGUCACAUUUAUUCGCUUCUAAAAUACUUCGUCCGGAAAGCGAAAGGACUACAGGGGCCCCGUGACAACGGGCUGAAACUCUUUCUGGAGCGUGAGGACAUGGAACGCCUCUAUGACUUUGAGGAAGAGUGUGUUGAAGGAUACUUUCGUGAGCAGGAUGCUGUUCUGCUCCAGUCCACGGAGGAGAGAAUUAAGAGUACCACGGAUCGUGUGGAGAAUAUGAGCCAAAAGAUUGAAGAUAUCAAUCAGAAGGAAAAUCUCCAGACGGCCACGGUGCAGAGUAUUGAGUUUCGUUUGAGGAAGAUGGAGGAGUCUGCUGAUCAGAUUCUCUCUCAUUUGGCUGUUAUUCAUCGCUUCAUGUCGACUCACACGUCGCUCAAUAGCGAAAAUAUGCCCAUGGGACUCAUUAGGCAGGACUCGAGGACACGCAGUACGUCAGAGAAUGAAGCUGUUACGUCGCUGACUGUCAAUCCUCGCCGGAAAUUCAAUCGAUCACUGACAGAAGUACGUCCAGAUGCCUACAUCUUUGACGAUGGACUGCAUUUUGAGGUGAGACCAGUGCCUGAGGAGAGCGAAGUGGCGAGGUCCAGAGAGACUCUCACUGAAGCUACGCUAGCUCGAAAGGUUUCAACUCAAUCCGAUGAUUCGGAUAUUUUUGGGGAAGGCGGCGGAACUGUAGCCAGCAGAGCCAUCACCAUCGAAGUGCCCAAGAAGCCACCUACCCUCAAUGUGGUGCGCCAAGAGACCACAAGCACAGAGAGUCGAGACACACUGACACCAAUGGAGAUGAGUGACGCUCACACUUUAAUUGGCGAAAGACUCUCAGCUGAGGAUAUUGUGGAUAUGAACUAUGACGGCACCAAACCCAGAGCUGCAAGAAGACGAAAUUCUUCGAGUGGUCGUAGGAAUUCAGAAUCUUGUUCUAACUAUGAUAUCAAUAGAUCUCAGAACAGUCUUCAUUUGGGAAUGCCCAGGCGUCAGUUGAGUCUCACUCAGUCGGAACCGGAGUCCAACGAGCCACCUGGAACAGCAAAACCAAUCGUUAAACCUAGUCGGAAUCUCUUACUCCAAAUUCAUACUGAAUAUACAUCAAUUACGGAUGAAUUGGAGAGUGUUUGCCACAUGCUGGCAUCUCCCACCACAUCAAUUAAAGGCUUUGAGAGGCCAAAAAAUGUCAAUGAACUGUCCAAUCCGGAAUUUGCGGCUCUCAUUGAGAAGCAACAUCUCAAGGAAUGCGAAGAAAAUGAUUACUUGAUGCUAGAGCGAUUGCUUGUGGCGCGGGGAUCACUCGAGGAUACGGAUGAGUCUUUAGAGGGUGGUUCUCUGGAUUAUCCACAGCGCCGGAUGCUCCGACGGGAAACUGCUGUGGAAUUGCCAGUGACACCAUCGAAGAGUGUGAUGGGAAGUGUGACAGAAACUAAAGAAGGUGGUGAUAAAGACGAGGUGCAUGAGAGAUCCACUGUACCUCCUGUUCCGGCCAGAAGCGUUUCUGUUGAGCAACAGUAUACAUUGCAGGUGACUUACUCUCGGCAGCAAUCUCCUCAGGCUACUAUUCCCCGGACUGACUUUCUAAAUCCCAUUACGAGUUUUAUGGAGACACGAAUGUUCAAAAAGUCCAGCGAGAGUCUGCAAAAGAAUUCAAGCACUGACACGGAGUAUUCUCUGCAGCCAUAUCGAGUGAUCAAGCAGAGUUCCAAUGAGACCAACACAUCCCUCAACAGUUCUGUUAAUAUUGAUAAUUCCUCCUUGGCCAAUGAUUCCCUUGAAAUUGAUGCAAAUGCCACAGUCAUUGAGAAUGUUCAGGUGAUUGCGGAGGAAGUAAAGCCCUCACCAUCGCGUCGAGGACAAUUUCUUAUGGGAGCUGUAACGAGUGGUGCAGCUUUUCUGCGAAAGCAGUUCAGCAUCGAGAAGAGUCACAGAAUUGAUCCAGAUGCCCAUUCAUUUUCCACUCCAAUGGCCAUUUCAGAGGAUGUGGAGGAGACCAAAGAGAGUCCUAAAUUUCUCACGUGUGCCACACGAGGGGGAAAAACUGUGGUGACAACAAAAGAAAGUAGCUCUAGUACUGAAUCUCGUGAUGAAAGACAAAUUCCAUCUAUCACGACAAAUGUGGUACAAGAUGAAAUUGCAAGGCUGUCGUCGAAUAUCAAGAGUAGUACCGAUGACGAAAAGGAGGCACCCUUCAGUGAAACAAUGUGCUGAUUCUUUCCAACAAUAUGCCUCCGGAUUCAUAUUCCACGCGGACGGAGGAAUAACAAGAGAGAUUUAAGGCUCCAAGGCAAGAUUUUAUCUCAAGGUAAACGAUAAGAUUUUCAACAUGAUUUUGUUCAUCAUUUACAUGUUAAUUUCAAAAACAGCACUGAGGCUGACUUAAGUUAAAAAAAAAAGUUGUAAAAGUUGUGAUUCUUUUAUUCAUAAUAUUUCUAAUGAACUUUAGAAGUGCACUAUGAGUUAAGAUUUUAUAUUUAUUACAGCAAGCGAAGGAGAAAGUGAGAGACCUUUGAAAUGAGGCACUUUCAAAUUGGUUUUUUCUAAUAUUUUUAAAUGGAAUUGAGCCUUAUCAUGAAGUAUUUUAGCUUCACAAAUGAUUUAUGAAGUUAAAUUAUAUCAUGUUAA